GUCAUUAGUUUUUAAUAUAUAAAUAUCCCAUUAUUUCUUAAAAAAUAUUAGUUUACUCCUGUUGUUCAAACUACUUCAACAUGAAAGCAGCUUUGUUGAUUGCUUCAUUAUUUGUGGCAUUUGUAGCCCUUGAAGCUACAACACCUAGAAAAUUCUUCGGAGAUAACAGCCGAAGAAACAUCUAUGGAUAUGAUGACAGCUCAGAGUUAAUGCAAGUGUCUGGAAAUGGAUUUCUCGACAUCAAUGAUCCCGAAGCUAACUACUACUACAACAAAUUCAACAACAAGAAUAGCUACCAAAAUGGUUGGGCUUUUGAAUUUGAUGAAUUAAACUCAAGCGAUGAAUCCAGCGAGCAAUUCAAGCAUAUAAAUAAUGUAGAAACUUUCCAACCUGGAACAGUCAGCAGAGGUAUUGUUGAGAAAAUAGCCGCCAUUGACAGAAUAUUUACUAAGGAACAACAACUCACUAAUAACCUUGGAAUUAACGAAUUUAAAACCCCAUUAAAUGUUAGAAAUGUUCAUAUAAAAAAUCCACAACGCGAAGUCAUCACCUUCAAAAACGCUCAAAUCAAUAACUUUGAAAACGGUCACUUAAAACACUUGGUCAUUGAUUCAGUAAGAGACACUCUUUACGUUCAAUAUAACUUUGACCAACUUAAAACUGAAGGAUCAUUCAAAAUCGGUUCCUCCAACUUUCAACAAGGAGAUUUCGUCGUUGAAUUAAACAAAGUCCGCAGCAACGUCACCGAGAAAAUGAGCAAUGGUAAAACUCUUUACAGACCAGCAAAAUUCGAAUACGCUAAUGUUGUAGCCACCAACGAACAAGGACAUGAAGUUGAAUCUUUGUAUGAACAAUUCGACCGCAAGUACUUUAAUGUAUUAGAAAGAACCAUCGCUGAUGAAGUACACAACUCUGUCCACAAGGGAUUAUUGUUAAAGCUUAAGAACGAAAUCAACACCCCAAUCAAUAACAUCCAAACCGGACAAUACUCCAAGUUGUUCGAUUUAAAAUGGCAAGAAAAUAUGAACGCUUUGGAAAUGUACAACAUUGGAUCAAAACAUUGGCAUCACGGAGACAGACAAAUGGACUUAAUUUCUUACACUCGUUUGGAUUCAACAACCUACAAAUUGCGUUUCAAUACUGUACUUAAUAACAUCCAAUGGACUGGUGACUUGAAAACCAUGUUUACUGGAGAACAACAAGCUUUGUUCAAAUCUUCCUCUUUUAAGGUCGACCAAAUUCGCAUCGAUGUCUCUAUUAGGAAAAACAUUUACAAUCAACAAUGCGGCAAAGUCAAUGUUGAUGUUGACAUUAAUGGUUUCAACUACUUACCAAAUGUACAAUUAUCAAGCCCCGUCUUAAUGAUGGUUUCACGUCAAUUACCCAGAUUCAUGGAACACGCUUUGGAAGCUUCCAUGGAAAAAUCCCUUGAACAAGAAAUCUGCUUCAACCAAAAAUGGUAAUUUUAUAAACAAUGAAUAUGAAAAUUUUUUGAAAUAAAAAAAAUUGUAAUAAAUA